AUUCAUUAGAUUUAUUUAUUUUAUUAUUCACCCAAUUAUAUAAGAAGGUUCUUACGGUGAUUAUUUUUUACAGAAUUGCAAUAAAAAUUUGAUUUUAUUUUGAAAUGGCUAAAUCGAAGAAUCAUACUAAUCAUAACCAGAGCAAGAAGGCUCAUCGUAAUGGUAUUAAGAGAUACAAAUUUCCUAGGAAAUUACCUACCAAAGGGAUGUGCCCAAAAUUUUUGAGGAACCAGAAGUUUUGUAAGAAACAUCAAAGGGAAUCUGGAUCUGUCUCUGGUUCAGAAGAAGAAUAAACUCGUAAAAUCCUAAUAUAAUCUGGUUUAUUUCCCUCCA